AUGGAUCGAUAUUUUAAGAAACUUUCUCCUAGUGUUGCUGCUUCAUCUUCGUCAGUUAAUGGACCUACACUUCUUGGUAUUGUGCAUGUAAGUGAUACGGUUGCAACCACACUUGAGAAGGCACUUGAUUCUUUGUUAUCGACUCAUGGUUUAAGUGUAUCAAGUUUGAGAGGUCAAGGAUAUGAUGGUGCAAGCAACAUGAGAGGAGAAUUCAAUGGGUUGAAAAGUUUGAUUCUCAAGAGAAAUCCUAGUGCUUAUUAUGUUCAUUGUUUUGCACAUCAGCUUCAACUCACAAUUGUUGCUGUUGCUAAAAGACAUACAAGUAUUAGUUCAUGUAAGCGUAGAGAUGUGCUACGAGAGAGUCAAAGAGCGAAGGUUGUUGAAGGGAUUGCAAGUGAUGAAAUUAAUACCGGAAGAGGAUUAAAUCAAGAGAAGUCAUUGACACGACCCGGAGAUACUCGUUGGAGUUCGCAUUAUGGUACUCUCAUCAACUUGAUGCAUUUAUUUUUUUCUAUUAAUGAUGUUCUUGAGUAUGUUGGGGAGAAUGGUUAUGAGGAUGCACAUAGGCCUGAAGCUUUGGAUGUGCAAGAAAUUCUAAAUCAUUUUGAGGUUAUCUUUGUGUUGCAUCUUAUGAGGAAACUCUUGGGAAUUACACAUGAUCUCUCUCAAGUUCUACAAAAGAAGGAUCAAGACAUUGUUAAUGCUAUGAAUCUUGUCAAAGUAGCAAAAACACGUUUACAAGUAAUGAGGGAAAAAGGUUGGGAGGUUUUGCUUACUAAAGUUACAAAGUUUUGUAGAGCAAAUGAGAUUGAUGUGCUUGAUAUGGAAGAUGAGUGUGUAGUUAGAGGAAGAGGAAGGCGUAAAAUUGAGAAAAUAAAAAAUCUCCACCAUUAUCGAGUUGAGUUGUUUUGUUCAGUCAUUGAUAUGCAAGCUCAAGAAUUGAAUCACCGUUUUAAUGAAGUCAACACAGAUUUACUUCUGUGUAUGACAUGUUUUGAUCCUAGAGACUCAUUUUCUGCAUUUGAUUCAGAGAAGCUGCUUCGCCUUGCCAAGUAUUAUCCAUCUGAAUUUUCUGAAGUUACUUUGUAUGAGCUUGAAAGUCAGCUUGAUAACUUUAUUUUUGAUAUGCGCACAGAUGAAAGAUUUUCAAAAGUAUCGAGAAUUGCAGGUCUUGCUCAGAAUAUGGUUUCUACAAGGAAACAUGAGAAUUUUGCGUUGUUAAAAAUUACACUGCCGGAGCCAGUCCCCCCUCCUCCGCCGCCGGAGCCGGUCCUCUCCCCUCCACCGCUGGAGCCGGUCCCCUCUCCUCCGCCGCCAUACGCUGUCAACCACCAGCUCAAUCUCCCUCCUCUUCCCUUCCACCGCGAAGCACGUCCGCAGCGCGUCACAGAUCGACACCGGCAAAUGCACCCAUCCCUACGCCGCCCCGAUUUUCAUGAAACUGACCUCGGCCCUUCGGCUGGAGAGGAUGCGGUUGGUCGUCUUCUUCUUCUUCUUCUUGGAUUUGAUUCUGACUUGGCCGAUGCAGGCGACUUUUGGAGAGGAAGGCUCGGGGUUGUCGAGGCGUUUCUUGAGGAGGAAAGGGGAGGCCUUGUUAGGGCGGAGGCGGUGGCCGGGGCUGAGGAUUGA